CGUGGUGACGUCAUUCCGGCGGAAGUGGUUUCGGUUUAGCCGUAUACAGGGAAUUGACACCAUGGGUGCUGCUGAGGCUGACCGGACUCUGUUUGUGGGUAACCUGGACCCGCGGGCCACUGAGGAGCUGCUGUUUGAGCUUUUCCUGCAGGCAGGCCCAGCAAUUAGUGUUAAAAUUCCAAAGGAUAAAGAUGGUAAACCAAAGCAAUUUGCUUUUGUGAAUUUCAAACAUGAAGAAUCUGCCCCUUAUGGAAUGAGUCUACUAAAUGGGAUCAAACUCUUUGGAAGGCCUCUCAAAAUACAAUACAGAUCAGGAAGUAAGCAUAUCUCACAGGAUAAUGCGACGCACCUAUCACCGCAAGGAAAUGGCAAUGGUUGGUCUGCAAACUCCAGUCCAUCCUCGACAAAUGGCAGCAGAUAUGAAGAUAAUGGAGACCUGAAAUCUCCUGGGUACUCCCCUACCCAGAGCUUGCAGCGGUCCUUUUCCUCACCUGAUAAUCCUAAUCUUCAGAGACAAGCAGUGAUGAACAGCUUCUGGCAGCAGUCUCAGUACAGCACUCCCAACCAAAUGUCGGCACAGCUCAGUUACACUGCCUCCUCUCAGCAAUACUAUGAGUACAACCAAAGCUCCAGCCACUCUACACCACGACGAUAUGAUGCUGCUGCUGCUGCCCCUGUCCCUGCCCCGCGAAAUAGCAGGUCACUCAGUUCUCACCCUUAUAGAAGUGAGAGCCAUCAUUAUAGCAGAGAGUCGCGGUAUCAGGGGAGCCCAGAGGAGCGUUCUUAUGAUGACCGCUCACAUCUUAAUCGCAGUUAUGAUUAUGACCCCAGGAGAGAAGGCCGAUAUCGUUCCUCCAGACAUUGAACUUGUGUUUUAGCUGGUUUUAAGGUGGAGGCGCAGACAUGAAGAAUCUUGGUACUGUUGUAACAGUAAAUAUUUCAUAUUAAAAGAGAAAAUGUAUAUGGGUUAAAUAUAAAUGCCAGGUAUAUUCUCAAAUUUUGUUUCAUGAAACAUGGGAGUGCUGUGUGCAAUGGGCAAAUGUUAGCAGCACAAUUAGAGCUCCAAAAAUAUAAAGUGGAAGAUUAUUACUUAAAAAAAAAAGAAACGUAUUGAACUUGUUAUGGAAAACAAAGUGUUAAAAAAAAAAAAAUUACAAAAAAAUAUAUAGGAGCCUAAUCUUUCCAAAUUAUCAGUCCAUAAAUACUGAAUUGUAUUAGUGUCAUGUUUCAACAGUAUUUUUGUCUGCCUUUUUUUUUUUUUUUUUUUUUGUAAGUUAUAUUGUGGUGGUUUUUUUGGUUUUUUUAAAUCGGUAUGAGGAAACCUUCUCGCACCUGUCGGCACCAUAUUCAUGUGAUUAUGAACAGGAAAGUGUUUCAGAUCUUUGACUUUGUUUUAAAAAAAAAAAAAAAAAACUGCUGGCAUCUACUUGUUGAAGAAUGAAUCUUUCACUUUUUACAAUUUUUAUCUCAUUUUAAUCCUAUUUUUAUUUUUUUAUUAAGACCAGCAUGGCAAAAUUUAUUGUGGGGAAAAAAUGUCAGAGUAUCCCCAAUACUAGUUUAUUUACAGUAGAUUGGUCAGAUGUAAUGGAUGGAAAUAUUCUUUUUUCUGUAAGAUAAAAAACAAAUGCCUAAUGUGAAACAAUGUGUUACAUUGUUUACCUUUUUUUAAAUGCAACAACCUAAGUGUUUAAGUAUUCAGUGUUGAAUCAGUGGGUCUAAAAGAAUCUAGAAGAAAACAGUAAAGUAUAAAAAGUUGACAAGUGUUCCAAAUUCUUGUUUUUGUAUUCCGAGAAAAUCCCAACUGUAUGUGUUAAGUAAGAACUGUAUAAAAAAAAUGUGCAACUUGGGGAAAAUGUUAUGGCCGUUAUUUACAAAUCACUCAGGAAAUUGUACUCCGUAUGUAAGAAGUUUUUUUUAUCUUAUUUUAAUGGGGGAAAUGCAUGGGUUUUAUUUACUAGUCAUUUGUAAAUUACACUAACUGAAAUCUACAUUGAUAGCGGUUCAUAUUGUUGAACCUGUUGGGUGGUAUUUUUUAAAUCCCUUUGAGUGCUAUGGAAUGUCGUAGGGCAUUCCUAUCCAAUUCGUUGCUUUCCUGGUUGCAUCCAAGGAAUUAAACAGUUUAAAAAGAUGUAUCCUUUAAAAUAAUUGAAUUUACUUAUAUAUUUUUUCUGUUCUAACAACAAUUUGUGUAACAUCUAUAGAUAUUAAGAGAAUAAAUUAUUUUCCAUCCA